AAGAACCACCGGCACCGAACUGAGCCCCGAAUAUCAAUCUUUCCAGGUCGUCGUCAGUUUAGCGAUUGACGUCGAAACAUUUGGUUGUGCGGUUUCUGUUGUUGAUUCAAUGAAUUAUCGGGUUCGGUAUCGUAGCGACUGACAAAUUAAGACGGUCUUGUUGUUGACCAAAUCGUAAACUCGUUGUAUCCGGUGUGCUAGGCCGUGUCAAGUGUUAAGUGGGCCGAAUUAUUCAGCUAAAGUGAACAAAUAAGCUGAAAAUGCUUAAAUUCAGCGGUCCAAAUUGGUUCUCCAAGCCGCAGUCGCGGAAGAAAUCUAACGGCCAGCGAGCGACGGUGACUUUUGCGGAUCAGCAGCAAGCUCUGCAAAAAACGCCACGGAAAGGUCAUCGCGAGCCUAGUCCGCUUCUACAGCACCAGGUAUCGUGGUCCAGCGUCGGCAGCCAAUCGAGCGUAGGUGGCGAAAGUUUGUUUUCCAGACAAAACAGCAUCCGGCGGAGCGGUACCAGCCAGAGUAGUAGCGCAAGUUACAGUGCCAGCAGGAGGCCGCCGCCACCGAGACGACCGAGGAGAAUCAUGGCCGAUACCGAGAAGGAGGAAGCGGUUAACUUGCAAGUGGAGUUUGAAUGGGUGCUACACGAAGAAGUUCAUUCAGUGCUGAAACAGCUGCAUACUAUCCUGGUAGAAUGUGCACAUCGUUUUCCAGUACCUCUGUAUGGAAACGAGGGCAAAAAGCAGGAUAAAUUCGUUUUGACGGCUGCCCCAGAACAACUUAAGUGUGUCGUCACACUAACGGGCGACAGUAUCACUCAUGCGGAUAUUAACUUCAAGGUGCAGCGCCAGCAGCAGCAAACUCAACGGACCUCUAUCACCCAGGAUUACCCGUGGAAGAUCCAACAGGUGCAGGACGCUGCCAAUCACCUUCAGCAAGCAAUAAAUACCAUUGAUAAUGUGGACAGCUCGUACAAUUUCAAAACCUCCGACGAGGUGUUGCACAUCCUAGGAAACAUACUGGGAGCACUGCAGCGGGGUCGAACUUCUUUGGUUGUGCCCCGCAAGAAACCUAUCGAUGAGCUCAUGAAGAGCCGAAACAUGAAAGCCUUAUCACCGAAUCUGCCGGAAGAUUUAGCAAUUAGCUUUUACAUCCAGAGCCAUAAGCUGAUUUUUGUGGCUUACCAGCUUACGAAUUUCCAGGGUACGAUGAAGUUUGAUUCGUGUCAGGCGGAAUGCUCGGUUCCUUGGCUGAACGAGGUGCUGGUACUUUUCACGGUGGCGCUACAAUUGUGUCAACAGUUGAAAGAUAAGAUUUCGGUAUUCUCGCAGUACAAGGACUUUACCGUUGGCUCUCGAUCGGUGUCCGCUCUGUCCUACUGAUUAGACCAUUCGCCGGCAGCAACGGAAACACUUCUGUCAUGCCCGGCUUAGGAAGAUACAGGAUUUGUGGCAAUGGAUGUCGUUCCGUCAUUCCCGUUCGAAGCAUAGCUCCUCAAAUCUCCCUAUUACUCUAACAAAUUAAUCUAACAUCCUGAUAGUUUGUAAGAAGCGUGUAAAGUUCCCAUUUAUACCUUUGUUCAAAUCGAAGAUAUUUAGUGGUACGAAAUUUGGUCGACUUCCUGCUGGGAUGCCGACCGUUGUUGAAAAUAUUGAUGUUUGUUAAAAGUAAUUACUCGUGUUGUUAUCAGUAUAAGAAUUGCGAUAAGCUGCGAUGGGUAGGUUUUAUUGCGGACUUUGCUCCUUACAAUGUUCAACGAGAACGGGAAUCCCAUUUAUAGCCGAUAGUAAGUUAUUUAUCAACGAACUCACCUUUUAUCAGCUGCCUAAUUGUUUGUUUUUAUCUUUUCGGUGUCUGGUAGGAUGUAGUUCAUUGAUGUAUGAUGAUCUUGAUUUGGCAGACGGCGGGCAAACAAUACAUUUAGAUAAGUGAAAACGGUACUUAAGAAACGUAAGUAAUCCAAUCUGAUAAAUAGUGGCAAAAAUUGACCCAACCUCUGCGGAAAAGUGCGGUCAUAUUUGCGUGAUGUUGUAACAACAACUGAAACGUUUAGGUGGAAUAGAUUGUACUUUAACCCUUGUGAAGGCAAGCUAAAAUCCUAACAUUAAAGGGCAAGCCGGGCCUCUCAGGCCCGUCUAAAUUCAAGCUCCUUUUUGCCGUUCUCAUAUAGAAAGGUUAUGCAAUCGGUCGAAAUUUCGACUUUUUAACCGAGACCCGCGCGAGCCAAAUCUCUUAUACCAUUCGACUCAGUUCGUCGAGGUCGUAAAAUGUCUGUAUGUGUGCGUGUAUGUAUGUAUAUAUGGAUGUAUGUAUGUGCCAAACAAUCUCACCGAUUUUUCUCUAAGGUGGCUGGACCGAUUUGUACAAAUUUAGUCUCAAAUGAAAGGUGCAGCCUUCCCAUCGGUCGCUAUUGAUUUUUUUAUUGAUCCGACUUUCGGUUCUGGAGUUACGUGUUGAAGAGUACAAUCACACUGCAAAUUUCCAUAGAAACUGAUACCACCAUGAUGUCCAAAUGAUGCAAUAUAUAUUAAAAUAUGUGCAACAUUACUUGGCUUUGCAUGUCUAGAUCAUUAAUGACCCACCGAAGGCACUUCGACCACAUUGGCCAGCUAUGGCGGUUCUUGAUGCAUCGGGGGAACUUACCAAGUUCCUAAAAUAAUGUCAUACCUAUUUCUCAGCGAAUUCUUUACCGAUUUUUACAAACUUGGUUUCAAAUGAAACGUACAGCAUUCCCAUUGGUUCCUGUUGAAUUUCUAAUUGAUCCGACUUCCGGUUCCGGAAUUACAGGAUGAUGAGUACGAACACGCAGUAAAUCCCGAUUUCAGUGUAUAAGGCGAUGGAUGUAAAAAGGUCAAAUUUUUUUUCCAAAAGGUGAGUACUCGGAAGAUCACGUCGACUGUCGAUUGGUUCUGAGCUCCAUUUCGUUUGAACACGACCAAUAAAUGUUUCUGGGUUGCUAUUAAUUUCUUCUGAUGCAUAACCGGAGUAGGGGAGAGAGGGUAACAAUGAAACACAUUUUUUCUACAAUUUAAUUUUGAUGAUAAUACAUGUUAUUUGUGUAAUCAAAAGUGAUACAUAGUGCCACUAUGUUGUUAACUAACACAUAUAUUUUUUCCAGCUGGUAAAAUUCACGGGAAAUAACAUUUUUUGGAUAAUAAACAGUUGGUGGUAAAAUGUAUCAGUGUGCCCCAUGGGUAGGAACUAUGAAACACGAUGUCGUCUAUAGUGAAAUAUUCUACUUAUAAAUUUUAUUCUUUUGUUUUGACGAAGAAUGAUCCUAACGCUUUGAAUUAAAGUUAUAUUGAGGCGAAAAUCGUUUGUUUACGAAAGAAUCCACUAUAUCAUCGCGUAACAUCGAACCACCAUAUAUGCAUAUUAGCUGCAAUCCUGAAAUAAGAGACAAUUUCUACAAAAUUUGGCCAAAUUUACUAAUUUUGCACUAUAUGAGUAGUAUUUAGUGUGGAAAAUCGGAACCCAUUGACAUUUUGAGACAGACCACAAAAACAAACAAAAAUCACUGUUCCCCAUACGCCAUCGUUUCACAGUUACCCAAUGGGUCUAUUCAUGAAAAUUGUGAAAUCACACAGAACCAUGAGUAGUUACCAAAAAACUUUGUUCGCGGCAAAUGUUGAGCAUAAAAUUUGCAAUAAAUAGCAAUAGACUAAACAUUUAUUCAAUGAAUGGUAAUUCAUAAAGAUGGAAUAAUGUUUAUCAUUGCAAAUUUACUCUGGCUAUCACAAAACAAACAAAUAUCCAUUAAAAGAGAUAGAGUUAUCAGAUCUCUUCCAAAAUAUAGCAACACGUGUAAAGAAUUAGAAAUUGUGAAAUAUGAGGGAAUUAGACGAUUCCGAUCAUGCAUUGUGAUUUUAUUGCGAAUGUUUCAUAGUUCCUGCUGAUCCACUGUUACCCUCUCUCCCCUACAUAUUUAGAUUCUUCUUCCCAGUCUGUAUCAGAUUCAUUGUCGGAAGCAAUAUCAUUCGCAUCUUCUUCCUCGCUUAGCAUAUCAGCUUCGGCAUCAUCUGCUGUUGAAUUUGCUCGAAUUUCUUCCAUUAUUUCAGAUUCUUUGAGACGAUUGAAAACAUGGGCAUAUCGUUUUAUAGCCAUUUAAUUUUUUUGUUGCUUUUAGAUCCUACAAUUUGAAUAAUUACGACAACUAUAACACAAAGAAUAGACAAUAACGACAGAGUUAGGUUAUGUUGUAUCCAAAUAAUUGUCAAGUAGACCACAGUGGGUGACAUAAAAGUAUUUACCCAAAAAAUAUGACACACGUCACUAUCGUAUGCUAUUUUUACAUUUCUUAUAAAUGAAAUGUAUAGAAUUCGCUCAAACUUUCAAGAUUUUUUUCUUUUAAGAAAAUGUAAAAAGAUAAAAUCAAUCAAAACAUGAAAAAAAAUCCUGCUAAUUUGAAGAUGAACUCUUCAAAAUGUUGGAUAAAUAUUAAUGUAUAAAACCCGUGGUAUUCCUAGUAAAUGUUGCAUGCACACCGGGCCUGCCAGGCCCGGUUUGCCUUUUUGUGCAUAUAAAAAAUUCAAACAUAGCUGCGCAUCACUCCAUCGAUGAAAAUUUCACAAUUCUUUAUUUUUGUUAUAGAUUUCAAAGCUACUUAUCAAAAUUUCCAUGCCCAAGCUUAUACUGCAUACACAUUUUUUGUAACUAAAAAAUUGUAACGUGCCGGGCCUCUGGGACCCGGUUGCCUUUUUGAGGGUUAAUUACAAGCAUCCAUGAACUGAAUCAGUAAAGUACACUACGGAGUAGGUGGUUUAAAAGGGGAUGAUUGUGGCGGGAACUUUCGAAUCCUCCUUAAGGCUGGAAUCUCGAUAUUCAAAAAAAGCAUUAGUUAACUGAAAUAAUGGGAUAGAAUCUAAGCAGGUCGUUUAUUUUUAGUUAUUUUAUUCAAGAAAAAUAUAAAGCUAAAUUCGCUACUAGUGAUUUAUUUUUUAUUCCUUGUAUCAUUUGUUUGGUCCGAGAAACCUGGCAUUGUAAUCCAAGCAGAGGUACGUAGGAUAACUUAUGAAGGGAAGUAGUGUAGUUGAUGCUACACUCAUUAAAAAUUGGGUGUAAUCAGUCUAUCUCUUUCUUUAUACUACAACGGUGUAGCACAGAGUAAAAAAAACGAAAACGCUUUAAGCUUCCAGCACCGGUUAAAUAUUUUAGCUAUGAUAACGAAUGAGCUGGAACUCAUAUGCUUUAGUUGAAUGUUUAGAGUAUGUUUUGUGGGUACCUUCAUGUUUCCGGACACGACAAGCACAUUUUAACAAAAUUCAUUUGCAGUAACUCGAUUCCUUUGGAAGCAGACAGACAGAAAUUAUAGGAGAUAUAAUAAAUUGAAAGACAAGCCAAAGGCAAAUGCAAAUGCAAACGUGUGCUAGUUAGUUAGUUGUUUAUUGCAGCUUUAACCACGAUGGGUCAUUCGCUGAUAAAAGGAUUCAAGUUAUACAUUUGAUUUCUUGUUGUUUCUUGUUUCUAGAUGUUCUCCAGAGUUCUGUCAGAUGCUAUCGUGAUAUUUGCGUCAGAAUAAGUUGUUGGAUGGGCCGCAAGAAACCUCCCCAUAACUCGGUGGAGUGUGGCGGAGGGCCGCGUUAGGUUUUCAUCUUGUUUGCCGCGUCGUUAGAUGCCGUCGUAUAGUCCGGCAUCCUUGAUGAAGUAUAGUAAUGCUUGCUCCUGGGAUGAAGUAUAGUAAUGCGUUCGAGAGGAUGUCUCUGGUCGGGGGAACCUUUGAUUUUUUGCGUAUGGCCGCGGGAUUUUCGCCAGUGGAAAUUGAUUUGGAUGCUUGCGUUGAAUUCUCGAAUGAUGUCGGUUGUUAGAGGGAGGCCAAUCGAUCUGUGUCAACAUUCCCUUUUAUUCCGCUGUGGCUUGUAACCCAGCAGAUGGACAAGAGUGGUUCGCGGUAGCCUUCAAUGGCCUGUACGAAAGGGUGCUUCGAUGUUCCGCUCCCGAAGUCCUUUAACACGGAGAGCGAGUCGGUGAAAAUAACCGUUGGGGAGUCGGUGGGUCUUUUUUCCGUUGCUACUGCCAGGGCGGCAGCCUCUGCUGAGAAGAUUGACCACGAGGAGGACAAUCGGAAGGAGAGCCCGCUCUCCAAGCCACUGAUCCUCGCUCCCACUCCAUCGUCGGCCUUGGAUCCGUCGGUGAAUAUUUGAAGGUGGCCUGAAUAUUUCCGGUUGACUAGUUGUUGAUAGUGGGCUCCGAUGCGGUUAGGGGGGUCGCCUGCUUUGACGACCAGGGAUAGGCUGUAGUCGAUGUUGUGAUUCGGGUCGUUUCACGCACGAUGUCUCACCGGCAGUAGGCGGGCGAUUGGCGGUAAGGGGCUGUUUGCGUUCUUGUUGUGGAGGUCCGUAGCUAUGAAAAGAGCGAAGCAUUCACCUCUUGAGUUUUUUUUCCAUGAAUCCGAGGCUUCUCCUGAAUUCUGUUUCUGCAACUGCCCAGCUGCAGGGAAGAACUCUCGCCUCGACGCAGGCGGAUUCGGCAGGUGUGCUUGGUAGAAAGUUGGAGGCUAGUCGGACGGCUCCGUGAUACAGCGGGUUGAGUACCUCAACCAGUCCGUCUAGGUAGCGACAGGUCAAUUCGAUCCCGUGGUAUAUCCUGCUGUGGAUUGAGGCGCGGCUCACGUUGAUUGCGGUUUUUCUGUUGUUUUUGGGGUGACGAGAGCAGAUCGUUUGGACUAGCCGCUUUCGGCUCUCGCAAUCCCUCUUUACUUGACGGAAGUGUGGAACAAAGGUCGCUUUUCUGUCUAGUGUGAUGUCGAGCACUUUCGGCUCUUUUCGGAAGGGUAUCUGGACCCCGUUGAGCGAGACCGGUGAAGCUCCGGUUGCUAGAGCCCAUCGUCCGACCGCGGUUUCGGUGGCUUGUAGGGAGAUCCGGGUACGGGGGAUCGUUUUUUUCCAAUGCGACUAGGAUGAUGUCCGCGUAGUAGUAUAGUGAGGGUAGUGAAUCGAAUGUUGAGUUCAUCCUAACUAGGAAUAGCGUUACUGCAAGCACUGAUCCUUGUGUUAUUCGUCGGAGAGUUCACCGCCGAUGUAUACCUGGAAUCGUUGGUCUUUUAGGUAAUUCUGAAUGGAGGCUCCGAGAUUGCCCUGGAUGCCCCAUCGGCGCAGCUCUUGCAGUACUCCUUCACGCCGCACUGUAUUGUAGCCUUUCGCCACGUCUAAGAUGUCGAUGUCGGCAUUAAAGUUUUUCGCUCUCGCUUCUUCGAUCAGUUCCUCGAAGGAUGCCAAGUGGAUUCCUGUCGCGAGUCCUUUCCGGAAGGCACAUUGGCGGUUGUCAAGAAAUUUGCCUUCUUCCAGCCAUGUAAUCAGCCGUCGGUUCUUUCUAGAAUAUUCGCGGUACAUGAAAGAAGGCUUAUGGGACGGAAGUCGCUCGGCGAUCGUGUGCCUUUAUUCUUUUUGGGGAUGGGCCCUAUGUAGGCAAGUUUCCAGUCGUCUGGGAAGUUUCCACCUUCCCAGAUUCUAUUGAAGGCAUCAAGGAGUGCCCUUUACCCGCCUGGGGGUAGAUGUCUUAACAUUGGGUACCGUACUCUGUCGGGGCCAACCGAUUUUCCGCGGGCUGUCCUAAGGGCGGCAGUGAGUUUCGUGCCGGAGAAGGGUUUGUUAUAUUCCGCAGUAGAGUUUGGUGAAAAGUGGUGGGGGUCGCUUCGAGACGUGUCUUGUACCGGACGAGGGCGUCGUUCGCGGAUAGCGAUUGGAAAUGGCUGCCGAUUCUGUUUGCGAUUUCCCUUGGGUCGGUGAUUGUUACAUCGUUGAUUGCCAGUGAGAAACUGUUUUGUCGCCGUUUACCGCUGAGAGCAUUGACCCGUCUCCAUAACUCAGGUAUCAGGGAAUCAGGGUGUAUGCCGUCCAAGAAGUUGGACCAACUGAUUUCUUUGGCUUCUUGGAUGGUUUGACUAGCUAGAUUGCGGAGUCUCCUGAAUUCGGCUGCUUUUUCAUCACGUAGGGGGUGGUCAAGGGGAGUUUUUUGUAGAAGACGUAGUGCUUUCCUACGUGUCUUGAUGGCGGAGGCGACGUCUGGAUUCCACCAGUAGAGGGCGCGGCGGGGUCAAGCAUGUGCUAAAUAUGAGGGGUCCGCAAGGGAUGACAUUCCCAACGGGUUUUAACCGAAACUGUUUUGUCAAGUUGCUGACUUUUUAUGUGAUAAGGGAUCAUCCAUAAAUGACGUAGCAUUAUAUGGGGGAGGUGGUAGUAUUGUAUUUUGUGAUGAUGUGUGACGACAGGGGGGUAGGGGGUCAUGUCAUGCUACGUAGCUUUUUUAAAGGGGAAUAACUAACAUCGUUUUUUUAUUUUUUUAAAUUUUACGAGGACAAGGGGGGGGGGGAGAAUUACCGUCAAGCUACGUAAUUACCAAGAGGGGUAUUUAGAGGUUUGUGACGAAAUGCUACGAUGGGGGAGCGGGUGUUAAAAAUCACUCAAAAAAUGCUACGUCAUUUAUGGAUCGUCCUCAACCUAUAAGUGAGGCCGAUUGAGCUAAAAAUUUUACACAGUGACUAUCUUCGUUGAGUAAUAUCUACAUAUCAAGACCAGUAUUUUGACGGGACAAUUUUGAAUAGCUGUGAUCUGGUUGGUGGAUUGUUGGAUAUUAUUAGAUUUGAAUCGUCAGCCCAAGUACCGUCACGACAUUCCGGUUCUGUCCCAGACAUUAUCCAACUAACUGUGAUAGGAUUUUACACAUUCAUCUAAGAAAAUCGGUAGUAUCAAGUCAUACAGCAAGUGAAUAGUUGACAUUUUUGCUCAGCUAUUCCCUGACUUGUCUUUCAAUAUAUUGUUCAAGCCUUAGAUAUCGGAUGGGCUCAAGUUCAUUGUGGUUCUUCGAAAAAAGGAAUUUAAAACGCCUGGGUAAUAUGUAUUACAUGUCUUCUCUUUAUUUGCUGUAAUGAGAAUGCUAACAAUAGUUGCAAAGAUAGUCGUGUCGGAUGUGUAGCUGAAUGUGUGCUAUGAAAUGUGGUUUAGCCCGAGUAAAAAAACGACAAUUCUAACUGCUACAUUAUAUUUCCCAUAAUUUCUGUCUCUUCUCUCGUAUUCACCAUUGCGCCCACAGUGUUGAGAUCAAUGGUGUAUUCAACGAUUCGAGUUUUUCAUGCGAGGAUCUACUGAAGCACGAGAUUGGUUGUUUCAAGGACUCCUUGCUCCGGCGAGCAAAGAUUUUGAACGGCAACCGCACUGGAUGGGACAAAAUGAUGUGUGCUUUCAAGCUCGUGUCGGGUAUCUUUUGGUAGGAGAGUCCGUAUUACCAUGGCCUACGCACGAACAGUGUCCGAGCAAACUGAAACCAUCUCUUAAAUCUUAAUCUUUUGCAGAAAUAUUAAAAAGAGCUUCGCCACAAAAAUGACAAAUCAUUAUGCUCUCUUUGCUCUCUUUUACUGAGAUUGGUUGUGAUAACUUCAAUUUUUCUCUUGGUUGACCGCUAAAUAUACCAACCGAAACCAACAGUUUUGAUCUUAGAAAUUUAAGAUAAAACAAGUAAUUUUCAGCGCUUUCAGGAACCCCAAAAAUCUCAUGUGAAAUUUCUUUCAGAGAUUCAAAUUAGAGUAGGAAGCAUUGGGCACCGGCGAUUUUGUGAUAUUGCGGAGCUCUUUCAGGCAUCGAUUGAUCAACCUUACUCCACGAGCUUUGCUACAACUUUAAGAAGCAGGUUCUCGUUUGUUCUUUUUGUAACACUUCUGGGUAUCACUUUAAAGCUAAAUGGACUAGCCGCCAAGAACCCAAAAUCGCAUGCUACUUUUGUUGUUGAAGAUAAGCCGACCGAUCAUUGCUCUCCACAAUCGCUUCUUGAUCCCCUUUAAAUGAAGGUUAAGUUGGGCAAAAUAAAUCUAAACCAAGCAUAUACUGAAUCAUUUUUAAACAUUUCAGAUAUGUUGCUUAAAAUAAAUUUUGUUCUACGAAAAUUAAAAAUCUCACCCGGUCCGAAGAAAUCGACAUGCACGCCCCCAAAAAAGCGGAGUCACUUGGACAAACUCUGAGAGGUGGAACUGCUCGCUUGUGGUCUUUACAUUUUACACAGGGACAAAAGGGUAAAUAACCGGUCUGUUGUUUUUCAUCUGCUAUCGACAACAAAUUAGAUCGUGAAGUCAGAAAUAUUCCCCAUUCCCUUCCAUAGGAAAAGCAAUGGACCCGAUGACAUGUCGGAUGAGAACUACACACUUAGGUUUUUUACCGAACCCCGCAUUUUUUACCGACUUUUACACAGCUGAACCUAAGACAAGACGUGACAAUAGGGAUGGGGGGGGGGCGUUUUUGUUCCAAUUUUACGUCAGAAUGGUCCAGCCCAUGAUUGGUUGAUGCUGACUUUUUGCACCGUACGCAGUGUUACUGCAGGGAUAGCGAAAUGAUGUUUGGCAGUGUUGCUAUAUUUAUAGGAAAAGACUGUCAUUCCUUUUGACAAAUAAAAUUAUUAUCGCUAAAAAGUAAAAAUGACUAAAUUGAACUGAAAUUGUGCGGCAAAGUGAAGCAUGCAUUUACCGUAUACGUGGUUGAUAAACUUCAACAAAAAUAAGACAGAAACCACACUAUAAUCUAAAAUUAGUGCCCUUCAUCAAUAUAGACUUAUCCAAUUGGGUUGGUAUUGUGCCGUUUCGACGUUUCAAUUGGGAGGAGAACAAAUCUUUUACACGGCGAAUUGGGAGGCAAACAAACCGCUUCUGGGCCUGAGGGGUGGGCGAUAGUAUAAAAAUAAAUAAAAAUAAAAAUAAAUUUAAAUGUCAGAUAUCUCAAUAGUGGAUUCAAGAUUCAAAAUAUUGCCGGCAUAAAAUAAAUUAACAAGACUGCAUGUUCAUUAAUAAAAAUAGCAACACUGUUCGGAGAUUUCAGCAGGGUGAAAAUGUGCGAAAAGAAGAAUGCUGAAGAAAAAAUAAGAAGCCGAUUGUCACGUAAUGUCUUAGGUCAUUUCAAACGAAAAUAGCGGAAGCAUCAGACAAUAAGUGUGUACUAACAGUGCUGCGAAAUUCCCAAAUCAGUUACCUAUUUUUGCUUGUAUUUGCCGAAACCAACAUUCAGAUUCACCGCUUCCCUCAUUCAUUAAGUUUCCAAUUGACUGAAACUUCAUGCGGAAUCGAAUGCUUGAGUGUAGUGGACAUAUAAAUUCCUUCACCAAUCAAAGCAUUAAUUUGAUAUUAUGUAAACAGAUUGAAGUCAGAAGUUGGCAUCUUCUACAUUUUCGAACAUAUCCGAACCUGAAUGCGCUGUGUCCGGAGAACGAAUGACGAAGGUAACGAACCAAACAUUUCUUUCAUCGCGGUGGGCAUGAAUUGAAUUUUGUUUCUCUAUCAAGUUCACGUCAAUUUUGUCAAUUUUUUUAAGCUUUGACUACCAAUAAGCACUUGCUCCUCCAACAAAAUAAGAAUGAGGUAUCAGACGCUUCGAAGAGUGUAAUUUAAAAAAAAAAUCUUGAUUUUAGUUGCUCGAUUAGUUUUAUGUGUUUCUGAUUAUUGUUAUAAGUUGAAGGCAUAUUGUUUUCGGUAUUUUUCUUUUCUGUUAAUUUAUUGAGUUAAUAAUUCUACGCCUAUCUGGCUAUCCCAUGAUCGAAAAAAAAACAAAAAAGUAAUGUGAUGGAAACACACUAUUCUUAUGUAAACAAGCAAAACAUUCCGCCAUAGAGUGUUGUAAAAGUAGAAAUUAAUCAAACAUGUGUGUCAAUUUGGUUUUAGCUAGUCUGUAAGAAAAUACUAACAUUUUAAACUAGGCGUUAACCUAUUAUAUUGUAACGUAUGACUACUACUUUAACUCUCAGCAGUUUGCGACUAUCCGCUAUAUAGCUUCAGAAGUUGAAUUACUAAUAUAAUAAUCGUUGGCGCAAAACUUAAAACUAUGUAAAAGUUCGAUUUAUUUGUGUUGUGUUGACUGACGCAGAUCGGUACAUACUAAACUGGAAGUGAUAUGAAGUAAUAAGGUUUAGUAAUCUAAACUUUUUAAUCAUAUAUUCUGAUUCCAUAUUUAGCCCACUUAUUGAAUUAACGAACGAGUAUUAGAAAUUUUAAACUCAUCAACCUGUCACUUGAUCGAAAGCUUGAACUAUGAAACGACAAUAACUACUUAUAAAGCAAACCGAGUUCUUGUCAGGAAAUUCCAUAAAAAUAAAAUCUGUUUUUUUUCGCUCUUUUGCGACACAUUCAUGCCGAGCUAAGCGCCGAACAAAUCGAACAUUUGUAUACAUAAGCCGAAUUAAAAUUACCUGGUAAUAGAGAUAAAAAGUACACCCGCGUUUGUUGUGUUCCCCAAACCACUUGCCGUUACAAAUAAAACAACCACACUCCUGCAAACAGAACAACCAUAAAAGCGUACCCAUCGGAAAAUAAUUGAACCUUUGUCCAGAGCAAAAACAGAACAGGUGUAAAGUUAAUGAAAAUGAGAAAAUAAAAUCAAUUCAACCGCA